UUUGAGUUUGGUCUGCGUUUGCUCAGUCGACUUCCGCCACGAACCGCGUUCGGACGUGCCCUGAGCUGGCUAAGAGUGUUACCAAAAACCACCAACCACCCCAGAAAGACAGCCGACCCAGAAGCCCGGCACGACGAUUAACUGAAUGGCUUGAUACAAUUUUUUUCACGUGUUUUUUUUGUGUUUUGUUUAUGUUCUCGAGCGUUUUUUGUUAUCGGUGGUUAAAAAACCUCUUUGCAUAUUGUCUUUACUUUUUAAUUGUUGUUGUUGAUGUUGAUAUUGUGCAACAUCAGUGGCGCAUAACAACCCCCUAAAAAGGGCGCAAGUGUGUGCGAGUGAGUGGUGAGUCCUGGGCCACAGGAUGCGCUCGAGUGCCCCUCGACCGGUCCGCACCUGUCGCCCCUCCGGACUUUCCACCGACAAGUGCCUUCGAGACAAUAACGAGAUAUUAUAUUUUCACAGUGUGUGAAAAAAGUGUGUCUUAAUUUAUGCAAAGCGCGGAAAAGUCGGCUCAACUGGUGGAGAGCGGGUCGGUGGAAACCUGUUGGGUCGGUGGGAAAACCCGGUAGCGGAGACUCCCACAAGUGGCAACGGAUCGUGGAUCAAUAGCGAAGACAUUCUUGACAACAGAACAUGUUGUCCCGAUGAGGGAUAAAAGGAAAGAGGAUAUUCCCGAAAGGAAGUGAACGAUUGAAUUGUGAAAAACUUCAAAGCCAGAAACCAAAUACUUAAGAUUGUUUUGAAACCUGAUAAAUAAAUCAGAUAUUAAGUGAAAAUAUUUUUAAAAGUUAGUAGGCUUGAAUUUAAGAAGGAUUGCAAGUUUGACGCCUGAAAAGUAUGACACUUCUUCAAAAUAACAGCAACUCACAGCAAGCUCAUUACUUGAAUGUUGAAUAAUGAGAAAAAUUAAAUAAAACUGUUUAAUUUAAUUUCUUCAAGUGUACUUAUAUCAACAAUUAAAGAAAAACAAAAGAUUCUUUUGAACUUGAAAUGUAAAUUAAAAUCACAUACCUUGCAAUAAUACAAUCGAAUUAAAAAUUUCAUAGAAAGUUAAUAAGAAAGAAAAACAGGCCUAGACUUUUCUGAGAGUGUAGCUGAUCUAAUGGCCUACUACCGGCGAUCAUGCUAAUUGUGGACAUGUUGACUUUGGCAUUGGCAAAUGAGCCAAUGAUACAUGCAAAUUGCAAGAGUACGAGCGGCUUCAUCGGUGGUUCUGGCCAAAUGGGAACAAUGACUGCGACGGCGGCGACGCUGGCCAACACGGGCUGCGGUGGACUAGGCCAGAAGCCGAGCGAUUCCGGCCAUUUCGAAUGCGAGACACGCAGCUCACGCGAUAAUGCUGCGGCCGUGGCUGCCACCGCUGUUGCUGUUGCUUGUGAGGCGCGCCAGCAAUGUUUGUUGUUGCAGGAUGGGGCAGGAGGAGGCGGACGCAGAGGCGAAGGCGGAGGAGCCAAAGAGGCAUGCCACUCGGCGCGUGCGCGUGCUGAAUACACUGGCAAUGGCAGCGACAACAACUUCAACAACACUGGCGACAAAGGCAGCUCGGCAACGGAAGUGGCCACCAAAUGCGAGUACGCGCAACUCGAGCGUGAGAGUCGUGAAAAGCAAUGGCAAAACCAGAGCGUGAGCGCAGGCGCAGGUCAGCAACCACCCAAUGUGACAACUGGCAGCAGCGACAGCAGCACGAGCAACGGCAACAACAACACGAGAAGCAAUGGAAAUGGUAGCAGCGCCUGCUCAAUACCUACAAUUGGCAGCGAGCUUUUCAAAGCCAACCUUGUGGCAGCAGCAGCAGCAGCAGUCGUCGCAGCUGAGCAGCAGAGGCAGCAGCUACAGCUACAGCACCAGCAACACCAAUCGUUCAACAGGAACCAAGCCACGGAUUCUGGUCAAAAUUUCCCAAAAAGUUCCAUAAUCGGUGAAAAUCGAAGGGAAAAGCAAUGCAAUCAUAAAGAAACAUCGACAACGAACAGUGACCAGCUGGAAACCUGGCCACAAGAGUCCGUGGAAAGUCGGGAAAAAGCUGCGCGACGUACAGAAAAAUUGUGUGUGCAAAAACCCCAGCCAGACAACGGAUUGCUGGACGAAUUUUUUUUACACUCAAGCAGUGAAAAGAAUGUGCAAAUAGUUAAUUGUGAUUCGUUGGGCGAAGGGCAAAGUAUCGCUGGCCCGUCAUACCUCACUCGAGGAACAAAAAGUGGACCCAUCUCGGAGGUGGGGCAGGCGCCAUUGUCAUUGCCACAGAGCAGCAGUAGUAGUAGCAGCAGCAGCAGCACCCCCACCGCCUCCGCUAGCGCCACCUCGUGUAGCACCACCCAGACUUUAGGUUCGGGUGCGGAAUCGGAUUUGGGCUCGGAAUCGCAAUCCAAAGCCUCGAAGCCUCCCAGCAGCACCAGCAAUUCGUAUAAUGUUGCUGGUGGCACUGAAAGCGAGCCUGUUGUUGUUGGGGCAGCUGUGUUGGGUUACGUGAAGCUAGCAACAUGCAACGACAGCAACAACAACAGCGAGCAGUCUAAGCAUCCUGUGGCAGCAACACCGUCAGAGCAAGUCAAGCCAGAAAAGCUAAUUGAUUGCAUCGAUUCCCUGUCUGGCAAUAUUGGCAUUGCACCUGCAACAGGACCUCAAACUGCAUCCAGCAACAGCAACAGCAACAGCAACGGGAACAGCAGCGAGCAGGACCUCAUUGAUUUUGAGAGCGAUUUGGGUGAGGACUUUGUGGCAAGUCAGAGGUUGAAACGCCUGCAAUACAAUUUUCAGGGACGCGUGGCCACCAACAACAACAGUAGCAACAGCAACAGCAACAGCAACAACAGUGGCAGCAACAACAUCGAUUGUGUAAAGGCAUCCUUGAGACCAAGACAACAGCAACAAACAAUAAGCAUAACAAAGGAACUACCCCCAGAGUUAGUUUCGAGCUACCCAGGGGCGGGGGAGUACCUGCAACCCAACCAGGACAAUAAGACACCCGAAGGACCUGCAGAAGCAGCCAGGACACCAGCGACACCAGGUUCGAGUGCAAUUCAAUUAAAUGUGAAUGCACAAGUACAUCGGAUACCAAACGAAACUGAAAAUGAAAAUGUAAAUGGAAAUGAUAAUGAAAAGCUAGAAAGCAGACAAACAGCUGAACAAUUGCCACAUUCGCUGAAUUUGGAAAAGGACACGCCACUGCGCAGGUGCGAGAGAGGGAGGCCUGGCGCAGCAGAGAGAGAAGGGACGAGAGCUGGCGAGAGAGAGGCAGAAGCUGAGGAAAAGUGCGACCAAGUUGUAAUCGAAAUCGAAACGGACUUCGAGGACAACAACGUCGUCGAACCAGAGCCCGUGAAGAGCGCUUUUGUGGCCAAAAGCGGCUACGCAGGACUCGCAGGCUACGCAGGACCCGAGGAGGCGCCUCCGCCGCUCAGCGAAUUCGAUGUGCAACGCUUCCGCGAAUAUCUGAAGGCAGCCCGGCAACUGCAAUGGAAUAGUAUCCAUCCGGCGGACAGCCAAAAGUUCCAAUGCUACGACGAGCUAUUGGCCGAGUUUGUCAGUGAACAGCAAUACUAUCAGGACUGCGACUUCUAUCAGGACAUCCAGGACAACGAAGACAACGAGGAAGACUUUGAGAUACAUACCGAUAGCGACAGCGACGCCUGCGAGUGCCAUGAGUGUCUAACUAGCCAGGUCAGCAGCCACCAACAGCCAGCCGCAGCCACAGCCACAGCCAAUCACUGUUCCACUGAGACACAGACAACGAGCACAGGGGGCCUGGACUUCGCAGCUCCUCCUCCACUUCCGCCUCCACCUUCGAAUCCCCUACCAGCCGAUCCCGCUAGCUUGUCCAAGAUGCGCGAGGUCAACGGUCAGCUGCGCGGGCUCCUCAAGAAGCCGAAUCGGCCGCCGCCCGCCCGCAAGAAUCGCGUCGUCUUCGACGAGACGCGCAACGAGUUCUUUGAGGCGGACUACAUUAUCCUGAUCCGGGAGGACUGCGCCUACGACGAAGAGGACGAGGAGCCCUGCACCUGCGGGGAGCACGAACUGGUGCGUCUGUGCUGCGAGGAGGGCUGUCAGUGCAACUAUGCCGUCAAUCCCGCCGAGGCCGGCGAUGGUCGGACGCCACAGAGCCCCAAAUACCAGCCGCCCAUUGAGUUCGUGGACGACGCGGCCCUGAGUCCGCCCGACGGCUACAAGGACAGCAGCCUGAAGAACACGCUGGGCGGCGCCCUGAGCGGCCACAUCUUCGGGGCCCAGCACCUGCAGCAGCUGCAGGUCAUCCAGCGAUUGCAGCAACAGCGGGCCGCCAUGCUGGCCGCUCGCAACGGUGCCGGCGGGCAGAUUCCGCCUCCGCCCCCGCCCGUUGGCAGUGCCCAGCAGCAGCAGCAGCAGCAGCAGCAACAGCAACAGCAGCAGCAACAACAAUCGCAUCAGCAACCUCAUCAUGGGACGAUGCAGCAGCAGCCGUCGGAGGAGGACCUCCAGGGGGUCUGCACCGAGUGUGCCGAGUGCGCCGAGUGUGCUGCCAAGCAGCUCCAGGAAGCAGAAUGCAGCUCCCCUCAGUGCCCGGAGGAGAUGGCGCCUCUGGGAGUGCCAGCCGUGGCCCUCUUGCCCAUCCACACCAGUUCCCCAGAGCGGCGCAUCACCCAGAAGGAGAUCAUUGCCGGAGAGGAGAGGCCCAAAUACGUGCUUCAGUCCCAGUACAAGCCCUCGCCCACAGGAGUGGUGAAAGCUAGAAAGGAUUCGGGCAGUAGCCGGGCCAGUUCUGGAUCCAGCUCAAGGUCCGGUUAUGCCUUAGCCCAUGCCCAAGCCCAUAGUCAAGCCCCCGGCCAUGGCCAGGCUCCAGUCCAGGUUCCGGUUCCGGUUGCGGUUCCGGUGCCGGCCAUCAGUAGCUCCUCCAAGAAUAAACGAUUUGUUGUUGAAACUAUUACCACUAUGACCGCAGUGACCGAGCGUCGGAUCAUCCGGGAGGCGCACGAGGACGUCACCACCGCCGGUUCGGUGCCAGGUGGGGUUGCCGCAGCCGCCUCUGAGUCCGGAGUGGCCGCCAGCGGAGCGGCAGAAAUGCUGCCUCCGGCGCUUCCAGCCAAGGCAAGUGCCACAGCAGCUGCCGCUGCCGCCGCCGCUGCAGCAGCCUCAUCGGGAUCUGGAUCGGGAUCAGGCUCUGGUUCAGGAUCGGAGCAUCAGUUUGACACCCAAAAACCGCCACCCAUACCGCCAAAGGAGACCUCGCCCACACAGAUCAGCGGCAUUCUCAAGGGCGGCAAGCUCUGGAAGCAGGACUCCAUUUCACAGCAAUCUGAUGACCAGAACAACACCACCUCGGAGGACGAGAGCGGUGCCACAAAGCGUUCCGUGCGUUUCGUGACCGAGGACCAGGCCAAUGCCGGAACCGAUAGUGAUGCCCAAUCCCUCGCCGGGGAGCUGGACGACAGCGAGAACCAGAUCAACGAGCUGAUCCCGAUCAAGAAGCACUCCACACUGUUCAACAAUGCCCUGCGUCCCAAUUCUGCGGUGCGCCAGCUGUUCCCCAGCGUUUCGGCCCAGCAGGCUCCGGUUCUGACCUCGGAGGCGCUCCGGGCCUUCGAUGAGUCCAAGCGGGCCGGAUGCCUGGUCACCCAUCUGCCGGGCAGUUGCGGGGACUCGGAUACACUGCGUCGCAGCAUGGAGAGGAAUAUAUUGCGGCGAUCGUUGAUCAAGAAAAAGGCCGUAAAAUCGGAUAUAUCCUUGGAAGAGCGCAUCAAACAGUUGACCUGCGACAUAGACGAAGAUCUGGCCGAGGAACUGCAACGGGCUGUGGACGAAGACGCCGAGGCGGGAGAAAGGGCUACCGAUGAGCUGGCUCAAAGGGACAGUCCUGCUGGCGAGGAGAAUCCCAACCCAGUGCCGGGAUCGGGUGCAGGGCAAAAGUUUAUGAAUGGCGAGAAAAGCUUCUCGCCGAGCAGCUCUGUGUCCAGCUCCUCGAGUGGAUCGUCGGCCUACAAGAAGAUAGCCGAUAUAUUCAAUCGCGACAAAAAGCAGGAGAAGAUCAUGGAAAUGGAAGAGAAUCCCAUAGUGAUUAUCCCACAGGAGUGCCGUUGCCCGGCAGCCCCGGACUUGGGCAUGGGCAUCCAGGUGCCAGUGGUUCACACCCAAAUCCAUCGGACUCCUCCCCGCCAGACGGAGCCGAAACGACAGUUCUUGUCCUCCACCUUGGCGCCGCUGACCGCCUGUGUGGCCGGCAACAAGGACGAUCUCUCCUCGUACUACACCCUGGCGGCCGCUGCUGCCGGUCAUCCGCAUGCCCAUGGCCACGCCCACGCCCAUGCCCAUGCCGCCCACUAUGCUGCCGCCGCCGCGUCAGCGGACUUCAAUAUGAGCCAGCUUUUGGGGGCAGCAGCUGCGGCAGCCGCCUCCGGGGAUCCGGCGGCCCAACAUGCCGCCGCCAUGGCUGCCCAGGGACUGGCCCAGGGCCUGGGUGCAACCGGAGAAGCUAUGGCCAGCGGCGAGGAGGCGCGCAAGGUGGCACCGGACGUAAUUGCCGGAACGCCAGGCCAGGAGGUGGCCGGACGGGCGGAACAGGACGAACUGGCCGCCUUCGCCCAGGCGGAGUCGAAGCGAACUGAGCAGCUGAAGAAGCGCUACACCGGGGCUGAUCCCUCCCAAUCCCAGGCCAGUAGCGACGACGACGAGCAAAACGACUACGGGUUCAACAAAAGGCCGUCGGUGCGCGGGAUCAAGCCCAAGUUUAGCUCCACCAACGAGAUUCUGGCCCAAAUGCAGGAGCAGCUGACGGCGGCCAUUCCCGCCACCGUGGUGAACAGUCAACCAGUACCGCAGGCCGUCAAGUCCUAUGCCAUGCCCAACACUCUCAAGCAGAACCCCUCGCCGCAGAACGUGCCACAACAACAACAGCAACAACAGCAGCAGCAACAGCAGCAGCAACAGAUGCAACAACAGCAGCAGCAACAGAUGCAGCAGCAAAUGGCUGCCGCUCUUCAAAAGACGGAGCAGAGGACGUGGAGCUUCUACAGUGAGACCGGCGAGCAGCAGCGCUUCCCCAUGGAUGCGGCCGCCAUACAACAGACCUACUACCAGACCCUGCCCGCCGGCACCAUGUUCCGCCAGACCAUGAUCCAGCAAGGCGCGGCCACAGCUGCUGGCGGCGCUGGCGGACCGGACGACGCAUCGCUUCUCUACGCCGCCGCUGCCGCCGCCGCAGCGGGCCAGAACUGCCAGAGCAUGACGACAACAGCGACGGCCACGGCCAUCGAGCAGAGCAAGCACAGCACGGCCAGCUACAGCAGCCACUUCGCCCGGAGCCCCACCAGGCGGCCGGAGUCGCCGCCGCCGUUGAGGAACUACCACCAGACCAUGGUGCUCAUUCCGUACAAUGCGGAGACCUACUCCCAGUUCGCUACCAGCAGCAGUGUCGACCCCAAGCUUGCUCACAUUCAGCGGCAGAACAUUCUCGAAUACCAGCAGGUCACCCAACAAACGAUCCGUGUGCCCAUUGGUUACGCCCUGCCCGGCAUGCAGCUGCAUGUUGUGAGUGGGCGUGGUCAUGCCGCCCACUAUGCUCAGCACCAGCAACAGCAGCAGCACCCUCAACAGCAGCAGCAGCAACAGCAGCAGCAGCAACAACGCCUAAUUGCCGGACACUAUCAGUUCGGGCCGGAGGGAGGCAUGCCAGUGUUUAGUGAGCGGGGAGUGCCAGAGGGAGCAGCCGCCGUGUCGCACAGUGAUUGCAACGCCAUGGUAUCGCCAACGGGAGGAGCAGCAGCAGCAGCAGCAGCAGCUCAACAGCAACAGCAGCAACACCAACACCAACACCAGCAGCAGCAACAGGCGGCCGUGGCUGCGGCGGCAGCUGCCGGAGGCGGAAUGGGCGUGGCUCAAGCCCAGGGAUCCGUGUAUUAUGCGAUGAAUGUAUGACCCGCGAUGGAAUAGUCGCUGCCAGCGGCGGUCAUUGUCGAGCGCCGCCAGUGUCAACGUGUCGAGUUGUCAGCGACUUCAGUCCAUCUGGGGAGUGGAGGACUGGGCGGGGGACUGGGCGGCAGAUGAGCCACCAGUGGACUCCCGAUAGCCCCAAUAAUCCACCACUCAGCCAAGUGAGAAUGUCCUCGAGUGCGAGUUCCCAUCCGCUGAUUUGAGUUGCCCCUCAGUUGACCCUAGCGAGCGUUUUGCUUUUAUUUUUUCUUCGAUUUUCCUUUAAAGUUAAAACAUAUGUAUAUCCUAAUUGGUAAUCGUAUUCCAUGUUAACGUAUGUAUCUUUGUCGUGUUUUAACCUGAUCCUUGGGCGUCCCAAAAGGAUUUUAUUUAAUGACUAAGACGAACGAUGAAAGUCUAAACCAAAAUACACAACCGAACACAUGAAUUUAUUUCGAGCAUAUACAAUGCUGGGUGCUAGUUAUGCAAAAAAAAAAAAAAACAAAAAGAAUAAAAUACAAAAAAUAAAAUUUUAAGUUUAAAACACUUAAAUUUAGUACAUCAUUUUUUUAACCACUAUUUAUUUUUUGGCUUUGCUGUUAACCAUAAAAAACCGAGUUUUGCUCAAUGGAAAAAGUGCAUUUGAUUUAUACAUUUUUUGGUGUGAGAAACGCAUCUAUAUAUGAAAUCAUAAUUAUAUAAAUGUAUGUAUCUAAAUAUGCGAUUGCUAAACUAAAUUAUACACAAAUUAUAUUGAAUUGUAUUGAAUUGAUAUUACAAAGUAUUUCCAAUGUAGUGCAAUUUGUUGCUAACUCCAAAAGUUCUCUUAUCGAAGAGUAUUAUAUAUUUAAAAAAAUAUAUCUGAUGAACAUCAAAAUUAUAGAAAUAUUUUUAGGCAUAGGCUUCAUUUACGAGUAUAUGAAUUUUAAUUUUAGUUGAACGCCUUUUUUUGUCAUAGCAUUAUAUACAAUAAAUUACAAGUUUUUACAAACGUUUGUUAUGAUUUUGUUACGCUUAAGAGAUAUUAUAUAGACUUGUAAAAGUUAUCCUCCAACAAGAAGGAUCUAUAUGCUACAGUUUGUUUUGGUUUCAUUGCAUUCUUCAUCUUCCGAAACAGAAAACAGAAAAAGACAACAGAAAAGAGAGCAAAUGCGAAGAAUUGCUUUUAGAGAUAAGAGAAACAAGAAAUCAGGUGGCUUAAAGUGCAGCAUAUUUUUUGGCGCUCCCAGGGACUUUUCAAAUCUCCGGAAAUGAUUGCCUCUGUCUAUCUCUCUCUCUCUCUCUCUCUCUACCCAGAAACGAGAGUAUUUAGUGCCAAAAUCUUUCUCUCUCAGUCAUUCCUUGAAAAGCCUCAUUCCAUCUAGAUUCUAGCCGAUAAAAGUCACGAAGAAAAUACUAUAUACAAGUCAUGAGAUCAUGGAUAAAAAAUGUUAGAAAACACUCACACACACUUGUGCUAGUAUAUAGGUACAUACAUAGAUACAUAUACAUACAUACAUAGCACGUAAAACAAAAAGAACAAAAGUAUAUAAGUAUUGUAUUUCAAUUGAGCUAUUGUGUUAAUGUCUAUAACGAACAUAUUGAAACUAUUGAAGGAGAAGAAGUGAAGAAUAAUGGAGUGCAAUACCGCUAGCUUCCGGAAACGGAAGUUGAGAAAAGUAAACAGGAAACCGUAACCUUAACCUUAAAUAAGACAAAAACCACAAACAACAGACAACGCAUUGCAGUGAGACCGCGCGAAAGAGAUAGUUAGAUAUUAUUAGCCAGCUAGAAAGAGUCAGAGAGAAUGAAUUUAGAAAGAAAUGGCGCGCAUAACGAAACAAUUUAGUCUUAGAUUAAAGAAAGGCGACUUAAACGAUUAACGCUAUUAGCUAUAAACGAUAAACUAAAGCGUGGUUUUAGGCGUUUGAACAUUAAUUUUUCAGUUUCCAUUUCCGUUUCCGUUCCGCAUUAUUGAGAACCACUGAGAGAAAGCAGCAUUAGAAUUGACUAGGAAAUGCAGCGCGAUUUGCAUAUUAUAAUUAAUUAUUUAGGGAGCCAGGUAGCGAGCGAGAAUAAAGCGAUAAAUUAUAAAUAAUUAUAUGUAUAUAUACAUAGAGGCAUAUAUAUAUGUAUACAUAGAUAUAUACUAGAUGUUUAUGUAAUACAUAAAUGGCAUUGAACGAAUUCCCAAGCACAUUGCAAAAUCCCCCUAAAAUCGCAUUAUUAUACAGUCCCACAAACCUCAAAUGUUUUUUGUGUUUUUGCAAUAAAUAAAUACAAAUAAACAAGUGGAAGCCCCAUAAUUUUUUCUAUGCAAAUGUAGUUGAAAAUUAUUUAUAUAUAUACAUAUAUAUGUGAGGAGAAGAGAUAAAAAAAAAUAUAUAUAUAUGUAUAUUUAGAAACACAUAGACAGUAUCCUAUUCGAAUGAUUUUGAGUCCUGAGUUUGUCAAAAAAAAGGAAACAACAGAAAUGUGUAUGAAAUAGUAGACUAAGAUCGAAUAUUAUUAUUAACCUUGCAUGACUCUAUGUGUAUGUCUGGGAGAAUCCAACAAAACGAAUAUAAAAACAACAAAAAAUAAAAUAAAAUAUAAAAACGACAUUUACAAUUGUUGUAAGCGAUGGAUCGAACCGUGAAAAUAUCGAGAGAUCACGCGAAAAAAGAAAACACGAGUAUAUAACAAAUUUCAAUAAAUAUAUGACUGAGCCACUGACUCAAAAAUACAUUUUAAACAACAAAAGAAACCA